AUGUUUUCAACGAGUAGUCAGAGAAAGUUUUGGACGUUUAAUGAUGAAAGCGAGUUGGCUCGACACCGAGAGAAACAUAAUUUGGAGUUCAUCUCGAAACACGGUCACCAUAUAGACGAAUAUCAGAGAUACAAUUUCUUUUUAUCACCAGACGAAGAAAGACUUCUAUUAAAGCAAUAUGAGCUGCAUUUGAAAGAGUUCUGCAAAAGAUUUGCUCCCCCGAUGCCAAAAGGUGUAGUCGGCACAGCUUUCCACUACUUCAAAAGAUUCUAUCUUUAUAACUCAUCAAUGGACUAUCAUCCUAAAGAGAUAUUAGCUACCUGCGUGUAUCUAGCAUGUAAGGUGGAAGAGUUCAAUGUUUCUAUCGGACAGUUUGUAGCAAAUAUUAAAGGUGACAGAGAAAAGGCCUCGGACAUUAUACUUAACAAUGAAUUACUUUUGAUGCAGCAAUUAAACUAUCACUUGACUAUCCACAAUCCUUUCCGACCAGUGGAAGGAUUUUUAAUUGACAUUAAGACAAGGUGCAGCACUUUGGCAAAUCCUGAACGCUUAAGAGGCGGGAUUGACGAGUUUCUUGAGAAAGUUUUUUUGACCGAUGCUUGUUUAUUAUAUGCACCGUCUCAGAUAGCUCUGGCCGCUGUUCUACAUGCAGCUAGCAAGGAACAAGAGAAUCUGGACAGCUACGUCACAGACAUGCUAUUCAGAGAUGCCGGUUCCGAUAAACUAGCAAUAUUAAUAGAAGCCGUCCGGAAAAUACGAUCCAUGGUGAAAAUGGUGGAAAGCCCGGCUCGAGAACGUGUCAGGAUCAUAGAGAAGAAACUCGAUAGAUGCCGGAACGAGGAGAACAAUCCCGACAGCGAGAUAUACAAGCGUAGGAUGAGGGAACUCCUUGACGAAGAUGACAUGCCUCAUAGUGGGUCUAACAGGAUGUCAUUGGAUACAAGCGGCAUAUCACAAGUGCUGUCGCCGUCCAUUUUUAAUUAG